AUGUCGACAGAGACCACAGCUCACCACCAUCUUAACAAGAAUUCAACAGAGAUCACACAGCUCACCACAUCUCAACCAGAACUCGACAGAGACCACAGCUCACCACCAUCUCAACAAGAACUCGACAGAGACCACACAGCUCACCACCAUCUCAACCAGAACUCAACAGAGUCUGCAGCUCACCACCAUCUCAACAAGAACUCGACAGAGACCACAGCUCACCAUCAUCUCAACCAGAACUCGACAGAGACCACAGCUCACCACCAUCUCAACAAGAACUCGACAGAGACCACAGCUCACCACCAUCUCAACCAGAACUCGACAGAGACCACAGCUCAUCGCCAUCUCAACAAGAACUCAACAGAGACCACACAGCUCACCACAUCUCAACCAGAACUCAACAGAGACCACAGCUCACCACCAUCUCAACCAGAACUCAACAGAGACCACAGCUCACCACCAUCUCAACCAGAACUCGACAGAGACCACACAGCUCACCACCAUCUCAACCAGAACUCGACAGAGUCCGCAGCUCACCACCAUCUCAACAAGAACUCGACAGAGACCACAGCUCACCAUCAUCUCAACCAGAACUCGACAGAGACCACAGCUCACCACCAUCUCAACAAGAACUCGACAGAGACCACAGCUCACCACCAUCUCAACCAGAACUCAACAGAGACCACAGCUCACUGCCAUCUCAACCAGUACUCAACAGAGACCACAGCUCACUGCCAUCUCAACCAGAACUCAACAGAGACCACAGCUCACCACCAUCUCAACCAGAACUCGACAGAGACCACAGCUCACCACCAUCUUGACUGUAACUUUGACCACAGCUUUCAUAGUAUUAGACAUACAUACUGUCAUCACAUUACUAAGGAAACAACCCUCCGCACCUUCAAGGGCACCUUCCAAAGGUGGUGCCUCAAGAGGGUGACAUCCACCACACCUGCUCCUUCUCCGGGGUUACACGGGUACUGA